AUAAUAUCAGUACUUCCUGGACCGGAGCAUGAACGUGCAGUGCAGUCAGUACUUCUCGGCAGAGGACACAAAUAUGAAUGGCAGCGGGGGUGUUGACCAGAUAUGCACCUCAUAGAUGAGGGGACAGACUUCAGACAGCCCGCUGUAUGGAGACAGAGAGUGAGAGUAUGCUGCAGCUUGCAGCGGAGGCUUUCCAGUCGAAAAACUUCGACCUGGCCGCGGAUAUCUACGAGUGCCAGCUAGCGGGUCUCGGAGAUCAGGGGAGGCGACAGGAGCUGAUGGUGAAGCGGGCUGACGCUCUCGCCUUCGGGGGCAAAUUCACCGAAGCUUUCGAUGUGUACCGGCAAGCCUCGGAGAUAGGGAGGAUGAGACCCGUUCAGCUGGUCAACCUCAUAGAGUACCUGUCGGGCAGUAUCAGGAGGCAGGACGGGGGUGACAGUCAGAGCGGCAGCCCGAGGACCGGGCAGGAGGCAGGGGCGGCGGUGGCAGCCGCGUGCCCCGGUGUUGAUGCCACAGGUUGCGAGCACGCGGACUUCUCCUGCCGGAUAUGUCUCAGCUUUCUGUUCGAGCCCGUGACUCUGCCGUGCGGACACUGCUUCUGUAAAAAGUGUUUGGAGAAGGAGAGGAAGGAGAAGGAGCGGCCGGUUAUGUGUAAGGAGUGCAGGGACAGCUCCAGAGUGGCAGAUGUCCAGAGUUACAGGGUCAACGUGGUCCUCAGCAGCCUGCUGGCAAAGUGGUUCCCGACCCUGCAUCAGGCCGGCCGGCUGAGGCGGGAGGGCAACGGACUGUACGCCGAGAAGAAGAUGGAAGCAGCGCUGGAGAAAUACAACCAAGCCAUAUUGAUAGCACCCAUGGACCACAUACUGUUCAGUAAUCGCUCCCAGAUCCACUCCAGUCUGAAACACUAUGAAAAGGCUCUGAGAGACGCUGAGGUGGCCUGCAGACUCAAGCCUCUCUGGUCCAAGGGUCAUGUUCGUAAGGCCCAGGCCCUGGUGUCACUGGGCAGGACGGAGGAAGCUUUGAGAGAGUACCUGGUCUGUCUGUCCAUAGAGCCUGACUGUAGACUGGCUAAGACUGAGGCUCACAAGCUCCUCAGUCAUCUCCUGGCCCCAGUCACAGAUAAGGUCCCUGAACACAUCUCAGACUACUCCAACAUGCUGUCUUCCAGAGCCCACAUCAAAAACAGCAUCAGUGCUCCCUUCCAGAUUCUUAGUCCAAGCUUGUUGUCAUCAGAAUCCCAUCUUGCCUCCACUCCUCCUGCACCUGAGAGGGAGGACGGCAGCGAGGUCAAAGGUCAGGGAAAGUCUGAGGUCGGGAGGGCGGACCACUGUUUCCUCUUCAAACGGAAACGAAGGAGCACAGAGGAGGCGGUGGAGGAGGGAGGACAGGAGAGGAGUGACGAUCACAAGAGACCCAGACUCGAGCCAGCAGCCGUGACCGAUUCACUGAGCCCUGUGGUCAGUGACGUCCUGGACCCUACAGAUCUGGAGUGUUCUCUCUGUAUGAGGCUGUUCUAUGAGCCAGUGACGACACCGUGCGGUCACACCUUCUGUCUUCAGUGUCUGGAGAGAUGUCUGGACCACAACCCAAAGUGUCCGCUCUGUAAAGAAGAGCUGUCUGAGUACCUGGUCCAGAGGCAGUACUGUAAGACAGUGUUAAUGGAGAACCUGAUAUCUAAGUAUCUUCCCUCUGAGCUCAUGGAAAGACAGAAAAUCCACCAGGAGGAGAUGGCUGAGCUCUCCAAUCUUAACAAGAAUGUGCCUAUAUUCGUGUGCACCAUGGCCUUCCCCACUGUGCCGUGUCCUCUCCAUAUCUUCGAACCCUGCUACAGACUGAUGAUUCGCCGAUGCAUGGAGACGGGAACUAACUGCUUUGGCAUGUGUCUGGCAGACAACCUCAAGGGGUUUGCAGACUACGGCUGCCUGUUGGAGAUCCGCGACGUGAAGUUCUUCUCAGACGGCCGUUCAGUGGUGGACACCAUCGGCAGACGGAGAUUUAAAGUCAUUCAGCACAGCGAGAGGGAUGGAUACAACACAGCUGAUAUCGAGUACCUGGAGGAUGUUAAGGUGGAGGGUGUAGCAGAGCGUGAGCUGCAGUCGCUGCAUGAUGCAGUGUAUGACCAGGCCCUGGUGUGGGUCAACUCCCUGAAGGCCGAACAGAAGGAACGCAUUGAAGGACACUUUGGACCCAUGCCUGAGAAAGACUCUGAACUUCAGGCCUGUCCUAAUGGUCCGUCAUGGUGUUGGUGGUUACUGGCCGUUCUUCCGUUAGAGGGCCGAGCUCAGCUGCCGUUCCUGGCCCUCACCUCUCUGAAAGAUCGCCUCAGCGGUAUCCGCAAGGUGCUGCUCUUCAUGUCCCAGAGCAGGCACCGGUGACACACUCUCCAGAAGCAUUCACCCACCUGGAAAAUGCAGUAACCUCCUGCCCUGCACACACCUUGCCCCAAAGCAGCAGCUCACCUGUUGUUCUUCCUUUUGAUGCACAAACAAUUGAUAUUAAAUGUUGUCACAUAUUCCCUGUUGUAACGCCGUCCCUUUCAGAAAGCAACGCUGGAUUUCAUCCACGCAUCAACCGCAAACAAAGAUAAUACACAUCUGAAUAAAUAGAUAUCUUCCCUGCAUAAUGUUCUCUUCAAAACACAGAAAACCACCCAUGCAAGACCUGCAGACUAAAGCUGCGGUCAUACAGGAUGGGAAGUAUCUACCUUUGGGUUUAAACAGAAUCAUCACCUUCCAUUUGAUGUCAUUGUAACAAUGCUAAUGCACACGAUCUUAGUAUAUGUUUUUCUCUGACAUGUCUGUGUGUACAGCAAUAAGCUGUUGUGCAGAAAUGUCUUCAUCUGUUCAUGCUCCACUGCUGCCUUUCUGGGCUUCCUCCAUUUUUGUAGUUCUCUGCUCUUCCCCUUGCAUACAUGUCGUAUGUGGAAUAACACACCAAGAAAAAAAACAACAACAAAAAACAAAACAAAAAGGACAAAAAAACAAAAAUAAAAAGGUCUGAGUGACCUGAGUGCAUUCUUGCAUUCUGAAAAAAAUAAUUACUGAGCUGCCUGUUUGAACAUAGCUUUAAAGCAAAGAUGAAGCAAAUUCCCCAGUGCAGAAACAAACCUUCUGCAAGUGGCAACUGCCAUUAAUUCAACCAAUCAGUGUCCCUGUCCUGUAUGUCUUUAAAUGUACAUAUAAAUUCUGCAAGAGACCAAACUAUGACUUUGCCUUUGUGUACAUAGACUCACUUCAGCUGAGCAAAUAAUGAUAAUAAUACUGAGUAGAUAUGAUUGAUUAUAAUGAUUGAAACUUUCAUCUGAGAAAAUAAUUUAUAAUAACUCAUCCACGGAUUGAAAUCCCUGUAAAUGGGCUUCCCAGUGUUAAGUGUAGACAUUUACAGAUAAACCUGUGUGUUUACUAUUUUGCCACCUUUACCGUAACAAUAAUCCGUUUUUUUUUAUUGUCUUCCUCCCUUCCUUUCCUCCUUCCAUUUCUGUCUCUGUCUCAUCCAGCUGAACAACAGUGGACUGAACCUUUAUGUUGGUGUGCUUUAAGGCUCUUGUUCUUGUGUUUUAUUCAUCCAUUUUUUUAUUGUUAGAUUUGUUUUUUUUCCAUUAUUUAUUUUUAUCAUUAUUUAUGCAUGCAGUGACAUUGUUUACAUUUCACAGAGAGAGAUGCUGAGCUGCUCACUUUCCAAAAGCUUUUUUUUUUUGUUUUUUUGGUAACUUAACUUUGACCCCAAACAUCAGCAAUAAAUACCUGCUAACUCUGAGAAAAGCCCAAAAGUUUAAAGACUCACUCAAAAAAAAACAAAGAACAAAAAACAAAAAACGUACACAAUCAAGAGAAACUGAAGAAUUGAGAUCAAGGAAGCUGCACAGGAUACCCUCCCUCUCCCUCUCCCUCCCUGACCACCUAUUUUUAGAUCACCGGUGACCCAAAUCUCUGUAGUAUUUUUAUUGGCCUGUUAUAAUCUCAACUAUGUUGACUUAAACAUAUUUGGAUUCCACUGCUGUCAGCAGCCUCUCUGUGGCUAAAAUAUAUGUAAAGCUCACAAUGCAGCCAGGAGUCCUAACCAAGACCUGGAUUUCUGAUACCAAUAUUUCCUAAGUGUAUUUAUGCAGUAUUUAUUCUGACUUAUUUUGCACUUCCACCUUGAUAAGGGAAAGAAACAGUGCUGACAGGCUUCACUAAAUUUAUUUCCACCAUGGCAGGAGUCAGAAUACUUAAGCAUUUGGAUCACCACAGAGUAAAGCUAAAUCCUGUGCUGGUUAAAUUGGUCCCUAAUUGUGCACCUAUUGACAUCUACUAGCAGGACAACAUGACUGCAAAAGAUCUCCAUUCAUUUGAGCGUGACUGAUGCUAUGCUAUUAGUAAAGGCUAGUGCCUUCUAUCCACAGAAAAGUAUGGCGUGGAACUAUUCCACAUGUAAAUGAUCUACAUACCAGGUUCAUUUGAAAUGGAAACGCGCUCAUUCAAAAACCCCGACUUUCACAGAAAGGAAAUAACUAUAAAUGGAACGAGAACAAAAGAUAAAACAUAGUUUUAAGAAUACCCGCAAACAUAUUGUUGAGAAAAAUAUGUUGUUUAAAAAAUAUGAGGCCUUGCUGAUGUCUGUGACAUGACUGUUUUACAUGGCAAAAGCUUCAUCCCCUGAAAAAUGCAGGUGAUUGUUGAGCUUUGCCUUCAAAGUUUUUCUUUUAUUUUAUAUACAUGUGUUUGAUUUUACAUGUUUCUAUGUCAGUCAGGUUCUUUGUAUUUUAUAAUUUUCUUCACUUAACUGGUGUAUUUGUCUUUCCUUGUUUCAUGUGUAAUAGUGCAGGGAGUGUCAUGUCAAAUCAUCCACAGUUAUUGUUUUAUUAUGAAAGGGCCAAAGCCAUGUAAUGCUGAAAAAUAGAAGACUGAUAAAGUGUAAUAUCACAAUAUUUAGAAAUUUUCCCACAGUAAUUUGUUGAUAUUGAAUUCAUGCAUUAUUUGAGUUUUUCACCACCAUCAAAUGGUUGCAAUAAGACAUGGAAUCAAAACAGCAAUACUGUAUAAAGUACUAUAUAUAUAGGAUUAUAUUUUAUUGGGUAAUGACCCAAAUGUUAAAUGAUGAUGUUUAAAGAGGCAUUUGUACUAAUGAACAAGUUCUGACAAAACCACCAUGUAUAAUAAGACAUACCAUAACUGACCCAGUAAUGUUUGCAAAUAUCGCAAUUGAAAACCAUUAAGAAUUUAUGAUUAGUUUGCUCAAACUGGGCAGGAAAGGGAAAAGCCAUCAAUUAAAUGUAGUCACACUUCCACUAUAAAAGCAUAUCACAUAGAUAUUUCAAGUUCAGCGAUAGAGGACGUGAGGAGGUUGAGGUAAAGGGAAAAUAUACCUAAAAUAAAAUCACAUAUGCUAUCCCUGUUUUUUUUCUACAGUUUAUGAUCAGUAAAAUCACAGAUGAGCCAGUGUUUCCUUUAUUUCUUAAUUUGAAAAAAGUUGUGUAUAAAGUUGAUGCAUGAGACAAAACAGUGGUUUUGGCUUAAAACUGAUAUCUGUGAAUUUCUGUAUAUGUGUGCAGCAGUUUUAGUGCCUUAAGUUGGACUUCUUCCAUUUUCACUUUGAUGUAUAAACUGCAGUGGCAACUAUAGGUAGCAUAGUGUGUGAUAACCUGGGCUGCUCUAAAUAACAUCUUAAGAUAAUACUUACAUUUGUUUGUGUAACCCAAAAUGUCAGUAGUAUCACAUGCCCCAACAACAGCAUCAGUCACCACUUUAAAUUCAUGUAUGACAGUAUUUGAUUUUCUCCCCCUGGUACCAUGAGAAUACAUUAUAAUGGUUUUCUGUGAACAAUGAAACUACAAACAUUUGACUGCCACUGCGUCAGCCUAAUCAUUUGAUAAUAACUUUAAUUUCUGGCAUAAAAAUUAUUCAGUCAGUCAAAAAUCAGCGAUCAAUUGACAACAUGAAAAUUUGUUUUUUCUACAGAUUAAACAAACAAAAUGUAGCAUGUUAGUUAUGGAGUUUUAGAGGUGCUGCAGAGCCAGGCUCGCUGUUUCCCCUACUUCAAAUCGUUAUGCUAACUUAAGCUAACCUGCUGCUGGCUGCAGCUUCAUAUUUAGUGGAUAAGUGUAUUUCCCAAAUCUAUGCCAAACUAUACUUUAAUUAGACUGACUGGAUGUAUGAGAUUUCUUAACUGGAACAAGAAUACACCUAGACCUAAUUGUGACCAUAUUUUUAUGGCCACAAUUAGGUCUAACUGCUGUCAUGUUUGCAAUAAUAUUACUGGUAGAUAAUAUCCUUGACUUCAUCCCCUUCAACCUUGGGUGACUCAUAGUUUUGCUACUAAGUUUGGUGAUUUUUAAACGCACAAAUAUCAACGAAUAUUUUCGACACUGAUGUCACUCCAUGGCCUUGAAUAAAAAAUGAUCUUAGGGAAACAGCACAGGUUAUAAGAUACGACCCAGAUGGAGUUUGCGAUUGGAUUCUUAAAGGUCAGGAUGGGUCUAACCUGAUUUUACAGCUUGAUGGUAACAUGUGACUUUCUGUAGCAAACUCAUGAUAACUGUGAACAUGCUAACAAACUGGCACUGACACAAAAAUCUCCUCCAGCCUCCACAAACACUUCCUGUGAGUUUGUGCUCGGCAGUGGCUCAUAAUUUCACCUCCAGUAUAUUCAGUACAACAUAUAACAUCAGCGCAGUUGUAGAGGAAGUUGGAUCGUUUUGAUCUUUUGUCAUCCAGCUAUGCAACAACAGUAGGGUUUGGCUCUGGUGCCCGAUGAUAUCUUGACCUUUCAGAAUUCAACCACUGACCUGUUGAAGAAGUGUAACUACCUCUGGUACCCUCCUCGAGCACUUCCGUAAAGAGAAACACAAUAAUUAUGCUUCCUAAUCUCAUUAUUUUCCUGUUAUUGUUGUUUAAUCUGUUUAAAGUGAAAUUUCAGUCUGUUUUAAGUCUUUUUUGUUCAAACUUGUGCCCGAGUUAAAAUGCACCGUCAACACCUCACAUUUAUGAGAGACAAUGUCACUCAUCAACUAAAACUGCAAAGCUGUAAAAUCAGUGAUUUCUCAUGAAAAAGUUUGAUGCUGAUUAUUUGAAUUAUUUGAGGGAGUGCUUGAUUUAUCUUCCCCAGCAAACUGAACAGCUUUGUAGAAACAAAGUGAAUGACCCUUUUAGGCUUCUGUUUGAGUGACUUAAUCAAAACACAUUGAUUUACAGCACUGGUCCGAACCUUCUCUGAUUUAUCAUUCUUGCUUUGUUCACUAUUCGGCCUUCAAAAAUCUU